UCGCCUAGCAACGCCUUAAACACAACCAGUUCUCGAGGGAAGCUAACAAGCUAGCUCAGUGAAACAGUUUGGAUCUUUGCAAGCUAUCCAGAACCAGAUGUUGCUGUAAGAAUAAUGGACCGAGAACUGAACGAAGAGGAACUGCAGGAUUUCUACGCAUGGAUAGACAAAAUACCUCUGUCCCGGCCCAAAAGACACAUCACAAGAGACUUCAGUGAUGGAGUGAUGGCUGCAGAGGUUGUGAAAUAUUUCUUCCCAAAGCUUGUUGACCUGCACAACUAUAUUCCUGCAAACUGCACUCAGCAUAAGCUCAGUAACUGGAACCUUCUCAACAGGAAGGUGUUUUCCAAGCUGAACUUUCAUGUGCCUGAGGAGACAGUGAAGAGGAUUGUACUGAGCACUGCAGGAGUGAUAGAGCCUGUGCUGAGCGCCCUCAGGGAGAAGAUAGACAAGAAACUGGAGCACACUACAGAGAAUAUGCUGGAUUUGGAAUACUGUGACACCAGGGAUCAGGAGAAACCUCAUACAGAAAAUCAUCAGACCAAAGCAAAACUUCUGGCUCAGCUGGCAGGAGAAGAGAUGAAAAAAGACGAAAAGAGCAGACUAAAAAACGGUAAACAGCAGCACACAGCCCAGUUUUACUCAGACAUGGACCCUACUUUCCGACUAAUCCUGCAUGAAAAAGAGCAAGCUGUCAUGGCUUUGCAGGAGACUGUGGAGAUCCUGCAGAUGAAAGUGAACAGGUUAGAGCAUCUGGUUCACCUGAAGGACAUGCGUAUUGAAGAUCUGAUGCGGCAUCUGGAGACGUACAAAGCAAAAGGCAAUACACGCUGAUACAAACAUGUACACCAACAAUAUGUAACACACAUUGACACACAGAGAACUGGUUAUAGUAGCACUGAGUUAUAACCCUGUAACAUCAACUCCAAUAAACUCUUACUUUGUUAGAAAUGUUAGUCAAGGCAGAGGAUCAGUUCUGAGAUUAUUGCCCUACAAGCUAAAAUGCAUCAAAUGCACCAGUGGGAUUACAGAUGUGUUAUGUUUUGAUACUGUCUUGUUUUCUAAGUAAAGGGUGUUUUUGUGAUAAAAGUAAAUCAGGGGUUUGUUCAGUUAAUUCCCAUUAACAUCAGUAGUUAGUAUCUAAGGAGAUUCUACUGUAAAUGGUUUAUCAGCCUGUUUUGUGAGAGUCUGAGUUGUUUGUUUAAUAUUGUUAGUUAGUUAAUAUAGUUUAAAAUAGUUUGUAGAAUGUGUUUGUCAUAGUGUUUGUGUAUUUACACUCUUCUUUAACCUACUCUGCUUUUACACACCCUAUGAUGUCUGACUGCCAAGUGCUCAAUAAAUCAACCACUUCAACUUUCCACAUUGUCUUUUUGCAUAUGAGCAGAGUGUAGCAAAUAAGCAGAGUAGAGAUCUGAAGCAUUGAUUACAUGCAAUAUGAGGUUGUGACUUUCUUCCAAGUCUAAAAUGAUAUCAUUCAUUUUCUAUAAAACUCUAGUUCCUCUUUAGGUGUGAAGAUUAGUCAAAGAUCAAACGCAGCUAUUAAUGACUUAAUUUUCCAGUUUCAAGUGUUGGCUUCGGAAUUAGUGUACGAUGAAGUUGACAGAUGACCAAAUAUAGUAAAGCAUUGCUGACUCUUGCUGAGCUAUAGCUGAUCUUCUCCAACUGCCUGCUGCUGUGACUGAGUUCUGUUGUGUUCAUACCACCUAAUCAAUCACCAUUAUCAAGCUUGAAACAAUAUAACACUGAGGUACAAAUCUUACAUUUUUUAGUAUUGAUUAAACAUCUUUCAUCACUCCAAGUAAUGUAAUGCUGUAUUUUAAUGUAAUGCUGUAUUUUACAGUAUACAGUGUAAAUGUGGGUUAGGCUGAUAUACCAGUUUGCUAGCAGGCCACGCUGCAUUGUCCAACAGCAAUAUGAAUGAAAAGUCUGCAAUAAAAUGUCAUUGUGUUUCAA